CAAAGAUUCCUUACCAUGGCAUCGGAAAGUCCCUUUUGGGGCCCAUCUACUUCACAUGCUAAUUUUUGCGAGGAGGACUACGUGGUGACCAGAUACGUCGCCGAAUUUAUCAAUACCCUAACCAAUCUUGUGUACAUAUUCUACGCAAUAUACGGAAUUAACCAUCUUCGUCGAAAUUCUCUUCGUCGACAUUCGAAUAAGAAUGUCUUCCGCGCCCUUCCCUACUGGGGCUUGAUGGGCGUUGGUAUCGCUUCUGCGGCUUUUCACAUGAACCUCAAGUACCAUACUCAGAUGAUGGACGAUGUAUCCAUGCAUCUCACCACAACACCGGUUCUCCACCGCGUCAUGACAGUGAACACCAGUCGCAGAACCUCGAUUAUCCUAGCAUUUCUGCUGGGUGCAGCUCUUAUAGGACUCAUAACACACCAUGCACUGACAGAUGAGCUACUCUUACAUUCCGUCAUGUUCAUAGUCAGCGUGACGAUCAUUGGAGUCCGUACGAUGCAGUUGAUCACCACUCGAACGCCAAAGAAUUCUCUCGCUCGACGGCAGAUCUGGGGUAUGGUAAGAUUUGGAGCUGCUAUAUUUGAGCUGGGAUUCCUCGUCUGGUUAGUUGAUGGGUGGAUAUGCGGAUGGUUGAGGAGCUGGCGGGCGACUAUUGGCCUGCCGUGGGCUUUUCUGCUGGAACUACAUGGGUGGUGGCAUAUCUGCACCGGAGUUGGCGCUUACAUAUUCAUCGCGGUGAUUGAUCACCUAGUGUCGGGUGAAGAUGCUGGAGCUAUUAAGGAAUCAUUCGCCUGGCCUGCGCCGUGGGCUUCUCGUUCUAUUUUUGCGGGUAAAGGUUCAGCCCUGGGUGUCACGGCGGAUCUCAAGACAGACUGAGGCGAGAACACAACAAGUAGAUUUGAGGCGGGAGACGGAUGGGGACGAACGUUGGUCGGGGUAGAACUAAGCAUCAGAUAUGCUGCGAAGCCAAGCUUUCAGCUCACAUUCUUCAACCACUUAAGCUAUGAUGGAAUCCGUGAACCAUGAGCAUUCUGUACAGUCAUAGCAAUGAUUGAUAAAUCCGAAAUAGGAGAUAAGCUUGUACCGG